UAAACAUACGGAGUGUGAUGACAGAUAUGUUUUAUUACUUUAUUUUAGUAAUCAGAGAUUCAUAACAAAGUGUUGCAAUGCCCGGGGGACGUCGAAUACUUUCAAGGAUCCAGUCAUCAUCAUCAUAUUCGUCAUCCACACACAAGGGAUCAGGGAUUGGUGGAAAUCACAAUGGUGAGGAAAGGGAGCCCAACAUGAUCCCACUUGCCUCGAUGGUUGUACUUCCAAAACAUGCUUCCAUUCCCGAAAUCCCCGGCGACUCGAACCUGUAUUUUGAAGUGAUGCUGUUCAUAUUUGGUGUGAUCGUCAUGUGUCUGCAGUUCAUCAACCUCUACAAGACAGUGUGGUGGCUGCCACACUCGCACUCUAACUAUGCCUUGAAUUUCUACUUAAUAGACCCGUACCUCCUUCAGUUUCUAUGUUUGCUGAUGAGCCGAAGGUUGAUCGCUUGUUUUGUUCAAGAGAUUUACGGAAGUCGUUCUUACAAAGUGUUGUACUGGACACUACAGCUGAUUAAACUGCUGCUAGUGCUGGCCGCGGUCAGUUGGCUUGCUUUCACCGGCUACCACGUUGUGAUUCAGCACUCGCCACUCUACUGCUUAUAUCUCUGCUGCCCACUGGCCACAUACUUAAUUUUAUUUGGUCCAGCUUUAAAGCCACUUUACCACAAAUAUUAUGCUUGGCCGAAACCAGUGUUUGGUUUUGAGAAGAGUCCUCCGAAAUCCCGAAACUGUGAACGCGAACUGGGUCUCACUCACAGUUGUACGCUAACUCCAGACGUGGUCCGCGAGGAGGUGGAAUCUCUGAAAGUGGACUUCAACAACCGUGUCAAACAAGUUCUCUUCAACUCCAUGUUAACAGCUUAUUACAUGGCAUUUGUUCCAUUGUGUUUUGCACAGAAUGUACAAAACCACUGUGAGUCCUGCUGGAAUACAUUAUAUUACGACACUUGGUGGGUUGGACAGCAUGUCUGUCUGACGUGGCUGAGUGCGUUCCUCAUGCUGAUAGCUCACUUCCUGUCUCCGCGCUACCUUGACCUGCUACACAAGUGUGCGUUACACCUCGGGAGAUGGCAGAGAGUGGAGGGACGCCAUGCCCACGUCCCGUACAAUGCGUGGUCAGAACUUCAAGUAUGGCCACAAGGUGCUCUGGUAAAACAUGUCCGAGGUCUGUUUAAAGCAGAGGGUGUUAAUGUGACUGCUGAACCAGGAAACAGCAUGCAUAGCCGAUUUUAUUUUUUAUUCCACAAACCAUUGCGGGUGAUCAACUGGUUGCUCAUUCUAGGCUGGCUGCUUGUAGGUUACCAGUUCUUCCGGCUUCUCCAGUGCAUGGAGUGGAGCCACAUCGUGUCUCUAGCGCUGAUGCUGUUCUGUAACUAUUACACACUGUUUAAACUCAUGCGAGACAGGUUUAUAAUGGCCAAGUGCUACAAAGUUGAGGAAGGGGCCAACGGUGCUAGUUAAUGCUUCAUUGUGUUCGUCAUCCAGUUCAUCAUCAUAUUUGUUUGUCCUAGUUAGUGGACCACUUCAGAGUUCAGGGCCUGUGCUUAUAAAACGUUUUAGAGUUCAGACUCAAUGACAUGACACGCAUACAUUUUGUAUGGCGUUGCCAUGACAUUCACAUCUCAGACUCUUAUUAGAGUCUCGAGUCUAGACUCUAAAAGUAUUAUAAGCACCAGGCAUGUUUUAGCCAUUACUCGGUCGUAGAUGACUGCCUCCCAUCCAGGAUGUUUUAUAGGAGGGUGGGGUUCAAAAGUAGUUACACACAAGAACAAUUAGAAGAAAAAUUUUUUUUUGCAAGGGUAGUUGCAGGAUCCUAAAUGAGAUCAUAUUUGCACUUGCUGACAAGCACUUUAAAAUGAGUUUUAAAAACCUUUUUGGAAGCUAUGUGGAGUGUGUGUGUGUGUGGGGGGGGGGGGGGGGGGGUCCAGAUCUCUGAACCCCCUAGAUCUGCACCUGCAAAUACACUUUCACUGAGAAUGUGCAAUAUGAAUUCAGGGCUAAAAUACCAAAAGUACACAUCAUCCUUUUUAGUUUAAACAUGUACAUGUACUUUGUUUUUAUAGCAAGAAAAGAAUCUAUAUUAGAUUCUUUUUUUUAUUAAUUACUAUAGGCUAGAUUGUUUGCUGGGAUGUCUUCAUUCAUUCAUUCAUUCAUUCAUUCAAUGUUUGCAAAUGUCACAUAUUUAUUACAAACAGUCUCACUAAAGAGAUAAGAUUUAUGCAAUUAAAGCAAUGCUACAUGUAUACACAAGUGAUGUUGCCCACAAACAAUAGAUAAUGUUUCAAACUCCUGCUGCUGACAGUACAAUGCCAUGUAGUUUCAAAACAGUGUUGCCAUCUUGUAACCAUUCCUGACUCUAACAUGGUAUCACACCAUAAGACAAUUGUAUAGACAUUAGAACUGAAACUGAGGUCAGGAUAUACAUUGCCCUUCCCCCACCAGUUGAAAGGCAAGUUAACAACUGUCCCCCCCCCCCCCCCCCCCCCCCCCUCCAUAGUAUUGAUUGGCUGGCCUUAGGCUAUAAACUUAUGGUCAUUCAGGCCACUAUGCCUGAUGCCUGGGGGGAAAUCCUUGGUUACAAAUUGUUUCAUAUCAACACCAGUGGAAAACUGAACUCUGAAGUUGUCUGAUAUUGUCACAACAUGAUUAUCAUGUGGGUUUUUUGUCCCCAUGACAAAUGCCGGUAAAACGAUUUAAAAAAACUGCUAUACAUGAGAUGAUCUCUACUUGUGUUUUCUCUCGGUGUAUGUUUUGUUUAGAUCUUCACUGUUGUUGUACCCUUGUUGUUUUCUGUGUACAGUUUUAGUGUGUAUGGGCCUCUUUAUGAGAGUUAAACAAAAAUUUUGUCAAUAAUCAAAAAUAGCAGUCUAUGUGGUUAGAAGCUGUUUCAUUUAUGUUUUUUGAGUUUUAGACCAAUGUCUCUUAACUUCUCUGUUGCGAGGUUGGGUGAAUGGGGGAGAUGUAACUCAGUGGUUUAGCACUCCCUGGGGUGGGGGUGGGAGUGGUGAUGAGUCAUAGAAUCUAUCACCCAUAAUAAACCUUAGGGUUUUUUCUCUUGUCCCAAUUAGUGCCACAUGACUGAUAUGCUAGGAAAGGGGUGUGUGUGUUUUGGGGUGGGGUUUUUUUGUAAAGGAUACCCCAGCUUACAGUUUGAGAGAAAACCCUCUGCCUUCCAGAAUGUAGCAUGGGAUUCUUUAUAUAAUCACUUAUACACAGACAGGACACUAUAUACCAUGUCCAUUGAUAUAUGGUAUAUAUCGGCUUAUGUACAGCAAUAUAUGGUACAGUGCAUAGUAUAAAGGAUUCCAUGCUUCUUUUUGAAAGGAGUAGGAUAUGUGGCAUCAAUGGGUUUUCUCUCAAACUGUAAGCGGAGAUUACCCUUUUUCAACAGAUAUAUAUAUAUAGAAUACUAAACGAGCUUACAGUUAUGGUAUCUGAUGAUUGAAAGAGAGUCAGAUACCAAAACUGUAAUUCAUAAUUAUAUAUAUAUAUAUAUAUAGCAAGAACUAAAAUGUUUAAACCAGAGACAGCAAAGGAAAUUAAUGAUAAUGUCAUGAUUUAUUGUCACUUGCUCCAAGUGAUGGCACCAUGGGCAUACUUUGUAUAAAGUUAACCUUUUAAAUCACUGCCUUUUAACCAUUUCAUUCAUCAUAUAGCAUUAUUUUAGUUAGUAGUUUUCUCUAUAUUGUAUCAUUGCCAUGUAAGAAAGAAAUUAAUGAAAAAAAGUUUACAAAUAAUCUUUUCUCUGAAAUUAAUGUAACACAUUGUAUAUCUUUCUUCUUUGUUUUUUUCACUUUUACUCCCACCAAAAUUAAACAUAUAACAAUAAAUGCAUGUGUCAUUUAUUGGGAAAUCCCCAGUAUACAGUCGGGUGCAUUUUCUUUAUUCUAACACAAUUAACCUGUGUUAAAGGGACAUUCCUGAGUUUGCUGCAAUUUUUAAGAUGUUAUCGACUAACAGAGACUUUUUAACGAUUGUAAUUACAUAUCAAAUAUAUUUUUCUGCAUACAAUGUUAGUGGCUGU